UGAAAUUGUUGUCAGUGAUUGCUAGUAAUAUUGAAUUGAUAGGACACUGAGUUUAAGUCGCUUAAACUCUAGUAUUGUACGCCAAAAAGUAAUAUAUAUUCUUCGGCAGUUCUCGAUGCACAUCCGGACACUCACGAAGCAACCCGAACACGAGCCAAUAUGGCAGCUGUGACGCCAUGUCGAGAAGUCUGAACAUGACACAGUGAAUAUUCAGGACAUUUCCUGAUGUUGGCCCGGCAAAGGCCGCGUUUGACUUCUUUAAAAACUUUGUUAAUAGGUUUUUGUAUUUAUAUUGAUUGUGAGAAGGCUUCAAAGAGCAUUUGGAGCUUUCGUUUCAAUGUGAAUGGAGUAAUAUGAAUCUGGACUCACUUUCAUUUGCGUUGGCAGAAAUCAGUUAUUCCGUUGCCAAUCUAACAAAGAAAAAUUUCAAAGCAAACGUUUCUGAGAUAUCACAUCUUGUCGCCCAGCACGGAGCGGAGGCUGAUAGGCAUCUGUUCCGGUGCCUCUUCUCUCACGUUGAUUUCAGUGGUGAUGGUAAAAGUAGUGGCAAGGACUUUCACCAGACUCAGUUUCUGAUUCAAGAGUGUGGGUCACUUUUUAGUAAAUCCAACUUUGUGUCAACAUUGUGCUACGCCAUCGACAAUCCUCUACACCAUCAAAAGAGUUUGAAACCGUCAUCACAGUUGUUUCCCCAGCUGAGUAAGGUUUUAAGGCUCACACGUGUACAGGAGGUUGUAUUUGGCUUGGCGCUUCUCAACUCUGUAAGCCCUGAUUCUCGUACCUACGCCACUCAGUACAUCAAACAAAAACUUCCUGACUUACUGCGCUCAUACGUGGAUGCAGAGUUGUCAAUGAAACGGGAGGGUGGGCUUCAAGACGUCUGCAUUGAAGUACUCCACCUGCUACUGACACACUUAGAGCGGGGAAAAGAUCACUUUGGUAUUGGCAGCGAACAGAAGGAGGCAUUCCUGAAAACACUCAGAAGAGAUUUUCCCCGAGAACGAGCACCAGCAGUUCUUUCUCCUUUACUGUUCCCCAACACUGAAGACAUACCCAUAGAGAAACUUGCAGAUACACUCAGCAUGCCCAAGUCAAUGAUGGAUGCCUCUCUGGCAGACAUGAUACUGGAGGCAGGAUACAGCUGUACCUCUACUGUUGAAGAAUGCAGGAACCAUCUUAUGCAGUUUGGUUUCCGAGAGUUGACACCUACCUCGGUUGCCCGAGUCCUAGGGAUGAUGGCCCACACGCCCACAGGACUGGGAGAGUCGCAGCCAGCACCGACCUCCGUGGCUGUUGGUAGUGGAUGGUCGGACAAAGACAGAAUAGACACACCAGGAGUAACAACUUGGAAUGUAGAGAUCUUUGUGCAGGUUGUGAAGGAUCUUGCACCACUUCUUAACUGGAAGGAGGUGGUUGGCCAGCUGGAUCACAAGGGCUUCUAUGUGAACAACAAGAAAGGCCUGAAGCUGCUGAUGGAGGGCUUGUUCCGAGGCCUUCAAGACAUCUUCCCAGUAGAGUACAUCUUCAAGCCAUGGAGUAACACAGAAGGACAGCUAUCAUUUAUCAUACAGUCAUUGCGGAAUCCUGAUGUCUUCAGUUUUGCGGACUACCCAGGUGAUACAGUGGUCAUUGACAUCCUCAAAUCCACACCCAAUGAUGAGGACAGAGAGGUUGCUACUUGGAAAUCCUUGAACCUGGUGGAGUCAUUGCUGCGUCUGGCAGAGGCAGGCCACUACCAGGCAGUCUGGGAUCUGUUCAAAUACCCCUCCCAGAAGUGCCCUGAUAUGCUAGUCCUUGCCCUGUUGCAAACAACACCUACAUGGAACACCAUCAAACAAGAACUGAUCGCAACUCUUAUGCCAAUUUUCUUAGGCAGCCAUGCAAAUUCCGCUGUGGUUCUCCAUUAUGCUUGGCACCAUCAGGGACACUCCAGUACAAUUCGGACGCUUAUAAUGCACUCAAUGGCAGAAUGGUACAUGAGAGGGGAGCCUCAUGAUCAGACUCGACUGUCACGGAUUUUGGAUGUUGCACAAGAUCUAAAGGCCCUCUCCAUGCUGCUGAAUGCCACCCCAUUUGCAUUUGUGAUUGACCUUGCGUGCCUCGCCUCUAGACGAGAGUACCUGAAACUGGACAAGUGGUUGACAGACAAGAUCGGAGAACACAAGGAACCAUUCAUUCAAGCCUGUGUAACGUUCCUGAAGAGACGAUGUCCUCAGCUGGUCGGUGCACCGGUGAAGGAAGAACUGCCACAAAUGAAGAGCCAACAGUUGCCACCAGAUACAAUUGUAACUAUGCUCACCUGCCUGAAGACCUGGGCCAACCAAGUGUCUCAAGAGCUGUCGGAAUCCAUUGCGACGAUGUUCACCAAUGCAAGUUUGAUUCUCAACCGCAACAGACAAGCACCACCCGGUGUAGUAGGCCCCAAGCAGCCACCACAGCAGCCCCCAGCAAACUUCACUCCAUCAGGCAUGGUUAACCCCAUGGAUCCCCUUUCUAACAUUGGCAAUGUCCUAGCACCACCCACACAGUCAGCAGUAGGUUCCGGGGCCUCCUCGGCCUUCCCUACAAGUGGGAUCACGUCAGCCUUCCCAACCACCGGUGCAUCAUCAGCUUUUCCAUCCAGUGCAUCCUCAGCAUUCCCAUCUACAGGGCUAUCAUCUGGCUUUCCCACAAGUGUUGGAUCAUCAGGCUUUCCCACAAGUGUUGGGUCAUCAGUCUUUCCUACCAGUGUUGGUUCAUCUGCGUUUCCCACAAGUGUUGGUUCCUCAGCUUUCCCCACAAGUGCUGGCUCAUCUGCCUUCCCGACUAGUGCUGGCUCAUCUGCCUUCCCUACAAGUGUUGGCUCAUCGGCUUUCCCUACAAGUGUUGGCUCUUCGGCCUUCCCUACGAGUGGUGGUUCAUCAGCUUUCCCAACAAGUGUUGGAUCUUCAGCUUUCCCAACAAGUGUUGGAUCUUCAGCCUUUCCCACGAGUGUUGGAUCAUCUGGUUUCCCAUCAAGUGGGUCCACACCUUUCCCAUCAAGUGGUUCAACACCUUUCCCAUCAAGUGGUUCAACACCUUUCCCAUCAAGUGGUUCAACACCUUUCCCAUCAAGUGGGUCCACGCCAUUUCCAUCAAGUGGGUCCACACCGUUUCCGUCAGGGUCUACGCCGUUUCCGUCGGGGUCCACACCGUUUCCAUCAGGGUCCACACCUUUUCCUGCCGGGGGAUCUUCAGGCUUUCCUCAAUCACUGGCUGGAUCUGUUGCACCAGGCUCUCCUUCCAAAGGCUUCUCUGGAAUCUCUCAACAGAAUAACACAGCAUUCAACCCCAUUCAGUCAUUAUCGUCCCAGUUUCAAAAUCUUGGGUUCCAGACCCCCAUAUCUACAGCCAUGGGUCCCCCAAGGAAUCCAGUUAACUCUCUUGCCAAUCUGAGUGCCCAGGUGGCUGUGAAACAAGGGGCAUCCUCAGCUGACAGGAUUAGCACAAGGCCCACUGGAACCGGGCCGCCUGGGGACAUGUCUACCAUCUUCCCGGAGAUGACCCAGCAGUUCAGCAAGGAGGUAGAAGACAAGGCCAAUUCAUACUUUCAGCAGAUCUACAACCAGCCUCCGCACCCCACCAUGUCCAUCGAUGAAGUGCUUGAGAUGCUCAAGAGAUUCAAAGAUUCACAGAACAAGAUUGAAAGGGAUGUGUUUGCCUGCAUGUUGCGGAACCUGUUUGAGGAGUACCGCUUCUUCCCACAGUAUCCUGAGAGGGAGCUGCACACAACAGCAGUGCUCUUCGGGGGCAUCAUUGAACAGGGUAUUGUUACGUACUGGACACUUGGCAUUGCAUUGAGGUAUAUACUGGAGGCGUUGAGAAAACCUUAUGGGAGCAAGAUGUAUUAUUUUGGAAUUGCUGCUCUGGACCGAUUCAAAACAAGACUAAAGGACUACCCCCAGUAUUGUCAGCACUUGGCGGCGAUACAGCACUUCCAGCAGUUUCCUCAGCAUCUCAUUGAGUUCGUUGACUUUGGUGCCCGGUCCCAGGAACCUCCCCCUAUGGCACAAACAACAGGGGCCCUCACCCCAACAAUGGGUGGAGCACCUGCCCCUGUACAGCCAGCCAAUAACCCCGUUGCCAGGACCACAGAAGGGGCUGUGUCUGGAGGAGGGGCUGCUGCCUCUGUGGUGUCGAGCGCGGGGGCGGGGUCUGGAACAACUACGGUCAAUACCACCAGUACCAGACCUACACCAGGACCUGCGUUUUCCAAGCCCUCCAUCGCUACUGCCACCAACAUUGACACCCUGCUAGCUGGACAGGGGAAGGAAGAGAUAGCCGUGCCACCUGAAUCACUUCAAGACAAGGUCUUCUUCAUCUUUAACAAUCUGUCCCUCGCAAAUAUGCAACCGAAGGGCGAGGAGCUGAAAGAGCAAGUGGGAGAGGAGUAUAUGCCGUGGUGUUCCCAGUACCUGGUCAUGAAGAGAGCCAGCAUUGAACCCAACUUCCACACGCUCUACUCCAGCUUCAUCGACGUCCUGCAGAUACCCAACAUGACACAGACUGUCAUCAAGGAAACCUUCAGGAACAUCAAGGUUCUGUUAAGGAGCGACAAGGGUGUUGCUAACUUCUCAGACCGAACGUUGCUGAAAAAUCUCGGUCACUGGUUGGGAAUGCUCACACUAGGAAAAAACAAACCCAUCUUACAGAUUGACAUUGAUGUGAAAGCCCUGUUGUACGAAGCUUAUCAGAAGGGUGCACAGGAGUUACUCUACGUUGUCCCCUUCAGUGCUAAAGUGCUAGAGUCAUGCUCCAAGAGCAAGGUGUUCCGCCCACCCAAUCCCUGGACCAUGGCCAUCAUGAAUGUGCUAGCUGAGCUCCACAUGGAGCCAGACCUCAAACUCAACCUCAAGUUUGAAAUUGAAGUGCUAUGUAAAACACUGGGGCUUGAUAUCAAUGAACUGAAGCCCACAAACUAUUUAAAAGACCCAAUGCGACUACCAACAAUUGAGUGCCAGUUGUCUGCACCCAAACCUCAGAUCGGUACGCCAUUGCCACCAGCGGAAGAAUCUGUGGUGCCCAGCCUCACUUCCAUGUCUAUCCCUCCACCCAUUGUGACAUCUGUGACAACUAUGUCUACACCUACGUCAACAGCACCAGUAUCAACACCGAACCUGCCACCACAGCCGACGUACAGUUUCCAUGAUGUCAAUGCUUCAUCCUUCACAGGCUUGGCUCAGCACAUCAUCAUCAAUGACCAGAUUGCUCUGUUGCACCAGAACCCACAGCUGAAGCAGUAUGUGCGUCCAGCCAUUGAGAGGUCUGUACAGGAGCUGCUGCCACCAGUAGUGGAGAGAUCAAUCAAGAUAGCAUUAACCACAUGUGAACAGAUUGUCAGGAAAGACUUUGCCCUGGACCCCGAGGAGAUGCGGAUGAGGUCGGCUGCACACUACAUGGUGCGCAACAUCACUGCCGGUCUGGCUCUCAUCACCUGCAGGGAGCCGCUCUUCAUCAGUAUUAACAACAACCUCAAGAACGCCUUCAUGGCCAGCAGGGGUGCCACGAACGCACAGAAGACUCUGAUCGAAGAGGCCGCCACUCUUGUGGCUCAGGACAACGCAGAACUGGCCUGUGCUUUCAUACAGAAGACAGCGGUGGAGAGGGCUAUUCCAGAGAUGGACAAGAGACUCGCUACUGAGUUUGAUUUGAGGAAACACGCCAGAUCUGAGGGAAGAAGGUACUGUGAUCCUAUUGUUCUGCCCUACCAAGCCGAGAGGAUGCCGGAUCAGAUCCGACUCAAGGUGGGAGGAGUGACACCCCAGCAGAUUGCAGUGUAUGAUGAGUUUGCCAGGAACAUCCCUGGCUUCCUACCCCUCACUGAUGCAACAUUUCCUCCUGGAAUCUCAAAGCCCACACCAUCCUACGCACCUGAUGAGAUCACUAUGAUCUAUGAGAAGAUUGCCCGGGACAUAGAGCAGCAUCUGCAGCAGAUGAUGGGCAUCCCUGCUGGCAGCCCCAUGGGGUCCCAGCUACACAGUCUGCUGGAGGCUGUUCUCCUUGCCAGGAACUCCAGAGAGAUUGUUACAGCUAUAGCUUUACUUCAGAAGGCUGUGGAGGGCUUGCUUGACCAGUACUCCAUGAACUCCUUGACCAACACAGACCAGGAAAUGCUGCUCCGCUUCAGGGAGUGCCAUCUUGUUGUACUGAAAGGACUACAGGAUGCCCGGGCAUAUGGGCCACAGUGGGUCAACAAGGAGGUCACAAGAUGUUUGAUCCAGUGUCACGAGUUCAAGUACAACAUAGAUGCAGUGGACUGCCUCAUUCGCAGCGGCCUCGUCAACCUGCAGCAAUAUGAUGUGUACCUGUCCCAGCUGAUGGAGAAUGGUCUCAACCAUGUGGCUGUGUCCUUCUCCAUGCAGCUCGUGCAACGAUUCUGUAUUGACGACAAGCACAACAGCUCCGUCAGUGAGGCUGAUUUCUACAACACAAUAGAAGCUCUUGGUGCCAUUGCAUCCCGAUCAAGACAGCACCCAGAAGGCCUGUCAACACUGAUUGAGAUCAUCCGUCAGAACAGUGACGGAGGCCUGCUCGAUCGAACACCAGGUGGCCCGACUUCCAUGAUGCAGUCAGGAAUCUCCCAAGAGCGAGAGUUUGAUGACCCCCCAGGCCUGAACGAGAAAACAGAGUAUUUACUGAGGGAGUGGGUCAACAUGUACCACUCUCCGGCAGCUGGGCGGGACAGCACAAAGGCCUUUUCUGCUUUUGUUCAGCAGAUGCACCAGCAAGGCAUCCUCAAGACCGAUGAUUUAAUCACCCGUUUCUUCCGUCUGUGCACCGAGAUGUGUGUGGAUCUGUGUUACCGGGCUCUCAGCGAGCAGACUCACACAAGCCCUACUCUCAUCAGAGCCAAGUGUUUCCACACACUGGAUGCUUUUGUCCGACUCAUUGCAUUGCUGGUGAAACACUCAGGGGACACAACCAACACUGUCACCAAAAUCAACCUACUCAACAAGGUACUGGGAAUAGUUGCUGGGGUGCUACUUCAGGACCAUGAAGUCCGCUACACAGAGUUCCAGCAGCUGCCCUAUCACCGCAUCUUUAUCAUGCUCUUCAUCGAGUUGAACGCACCAGAACCCAUACUAGAGAGCAUCAACUUUCAAGUGUUAGCAGCAUUUUGCCAUGUGUUCCACAUCUUGAGGCCUGGGAAAGCCCCUGGAUUUGCUUAUGCCUGGUUAGAGCUGGUCUCUCACCGCGUCUUCAUCGGUCGGCUUCUGGCCCUCACACCUCAACAGAGGGGCUGGGGGAUGUAUGCUCAGCUGUUGAUUGACCUGUUCCGCUUCCUCUCGCCCUUCUUGAGGAAUGCUGAACUGACCAAGCCAACACAGCUUCUGUACAGGGGAACGUUACGAGUCCUGCUGGUCUUGCUACAUGAUUUCCCAGAAUUCCUCUGUGAUUAUCACUAUGCAUUCUGUGAUGUCAUCCCACCCAACUGCAUCCAGAUGCGUAACCUCAUUCUCAGUGCUUUCCCUCGCAACAUGAGGCUGCCCGACCCCUUCACCCCCAACCUAAAGGUUGACACUCUGCCUGACAUCACACAUCCCCCUCGCAUCCUCACCAACUUUGUCAACAUGAUUCAGCCAGCUUCUUUCAAAAAGGACUUGGACUCAUACUUGAAGACAAGGACUCCCAUAUCCUUCUUGUCUGAACUGAGGAGCAGUUUACAGUCGAAUGAGCCGGGUUGUCACUACAACAUCCCCCUGAUUAAUGCACUGGUCCUGUACGUGGGCACCCAGGCCAUCCAGUUCAUACACACCAAGGGCCAGACACCGGCUAUCAGCACCAUAGCUCCUUCAUCACACAUGGACAUCUUUCAGAAUCUCGCUGUCAAUCUUGACACAGAAGGUCGGUACCUGUUUCUGACAGCAAUAGCCAACCAGCUGCGUUACCCCAACAGUCAUACUCACUACUUCAGCUGCACGCUGCUCUACCUGUUUGUGCAGGCCAACAACGAGCAGAUCCAGGAACAAAUCACUAGAGUGCUACUUGAGCGUCUGAUUGUCAACCGGCCUCACCCAUGGGGUCUUCUCAUCACAUUCAUUGAGCUCAUCAAAAACUCCACAUUCAAGUUUUGGAGUCAUGAGUUUGUCCACUGUGCACCAGAGAUUGACAAGCUUUUCGAGUCUGUGGCUCGGUCCUGUAUGCAGCCAAAACAGACCAGCAACUCACGAGAACCUGAGACGGCUGAAGUUCACUAGCCAGAAAGUGUUUUCAAAUAUUGGUGCAAACUUUCACAGCUGGGUCAACUUGAGACACAUGGCGUCACAGUUGGCCAGCAUCUUGGAGUGUUCAUUUAGUCUACAGCCAUAUCAACCCCCCUCACCAGUGAUGUUUCCCCCUCCCCUUCAGCCUCGCUACCAAACUGACUGGUCAAGGACCCUGCUCAGACUGUGUGGAUGGUGUGUGUCCUUCACCUUGGGAUUCUUUGUGUGGCUGGGACUAGUGACACAAGUGAUUGUGCAUUUACACUACAAACUUGGCACUUGGCCUACUUGCAAAUAUUUUCUUGUGUGUGUACAUUUUGAUGGAAUUGUGAAAAGAAUCAAAGAUGUAAGAAAGUGUCCAUUGCUAUUUUUCCUUCCCUUGGGUUCAUCCUGCUGUAUAGUCAUGUGUAAAAUUUGUUCAUCAUGCAUAGGGAGUGCUGGAUCCGGACUGGCUCAGCUAUGGAACUCCUCACUAUAGAGGGCAAAUUGUUAAUUUAAUAAUUAUGUCGACAGAUGCGACAAUAAAUGUUACUGAUGUUUUAAAGAACAGAAUCACUGGACAAUGGAGUAUGAUUUGAAGUGUUGAUUUGUUGUUAUCGUAGAAAUAAAAUAUAUUGCUUGCAGUAA